CGGAACUCCGCAGCACAGCACCGCCUCACCGCUCCGGCAAAGCCGGCUGUUUGCCGGCUGCGGGAAGCUGGUUUCCCUCUGGAAACGCGUGCAGGCACGUUCAAGCCAGGAAGAGAACCGGAUCCCUGGAGAUCAUUGCCACAAACGUGCGUAACUGAAACCCGCAGCCAUGCUGAAACAGAUACUAUCGGAGAUGUACAUCGAUCCUGACCUGCUGGCAGAACUCAGCGAGGAGCAGAAGCAGAUCCUCUUCUUCAAGAUGAGGCAGGAGCAGAUCAGACGGUGGAAAGAAAGAGAAGCUGCUGCAGACAAGGUCUCAGCAAAGAAGCCAACACCAAAAAAAGCCAGCACGAAGUCAGUGAAAUGGAAGCUAGGUGCCGACAACGAUGUCUGGGUGUGGGUGAUGGGUGAGCAUCCUUCAGAUAAAUCAUAUGCAGCCAUCUGUGAAGAGAUCCAGGCACAAAAGGCAAAGCAGUUAGCAAAUGAGCAAGGCAAGGAGGCCAGAGAGACAGACAGCGCUGUAAUACAGCCUCUGCAACCACAGCCGGAAGUCCUGGGUGAGACAGAAGUUCAGGGAAACAAUAAAAACACUGUAGAGGAACAGAAAGAUGAGGCGAGAAAAAACUCUGCUGGUACAACUGGGAAAAGCCAAGAGCUAAAAAAGAGGGAAGCCCGGGAUGUUCACCAGAUGCUGGCAGACUGCCAGAUGAGGAAGGGUGGCUUCUCACAGAUGAAGGAAGGACACAGGAGAAAUUCAGGAGAAGAAACUACAGUCCCGCUGAAGGCAUUACCACAAAGCCACACAUGCUCAGAAAGCCAGAGGAUGUUGCAGAAAUCGGAUGAGAAUGAGCCGGAAUGGCAAGAAUCCUUGCGGAAAUCCAAGGCAGCAGACGAGAAGAGGCGCUCUCUCGCACGGCAGGCCAGAGAUGACUACAGGAGGCUUUCACUGCAGGGAGCCCACAGAGGGAAGCAGGCAGACAUAUCCAAGAAUGCCACAGCAGGAGAUCGGCGACCGCUCCAAUACCCUCCUCUCCCACCCAAGCCCAAACUUCUACCUUCUGUGAUGGCGAAUGGCAGAGCAGUUAGGAAAGAGGGAAUCCAGAGGACAAUCUCCAAUUCAGCUGAAGAAAGCAUCAUCAAGUGGUUCAAAGAGGAGCAAUUCCCCCUUCGAGCUGGCUAUCAGAAAACCACAGACACGAUAGCACCUUGGUUUCAUGGUAUCCUAACCUCUAGGAAAGCAGAGGAGCUUCUGAGUAAAACAGUGCCGGGGAGUUUCCUGGUCCGUGUCAGUGAGAAAAUCAAAGGCUACGUGCUUUCCUAUCGGUCUGAAGAAGGAUGUAAACAUUUCCUUAUUGAUGCCUCCAGUGAUUCCUACAGCUUCCUUGGAGUGGACCAGCUACAACAUUCAACACUGGCUGACCUUGUUGACUACCACAAGGAUGAACCCAUCACUUCUAUGGGAAAGGAGCUGUUGCUUUACCCAUGUGGUCAAGAAGACCGUGAACCAGAUUACAUCUCUCUCUUUGAGUGAACCUCCCAGUAUUAUUACGCAGCCCCGUGCCUGUUUUUACCAAGAGUGGACUUCAAACUGGAAGCUGCUGAUGCUUACCUGAAACUUGCCAUAAGUGCCUCUAUUUCAAAUCCUUCACAACAAAGCAGUGGGAGGAUAAGUGCUGUCACGGGCUUGUCAUUUCAACAGAGUUAAAGGAUGCAUCAACCCAGCAAGCUACAAAACACCCAGAUACAUCAUGCAUGUUGUUGUGGAUUAGACAAUGAAGUAUCAGUUGAACAGAGAUUUUUGCAGAUUUCCUCAGGGAUAUCGAUGUUGAAGCUGCGUUUUGCUCUUGAAUGCAAGGAUGCCUGCCAUCUGAGAAAUAGAUUGGUACCUACAACUGAAUGAGAUCAUAGCUUCCUGAAGGCACCAAACAACUUGGAGAAGUAGUUUUCAUAAUGUGAAACUUAAUCCUGUAAAAUGCUGUGCCCUUGGAAUCAAGGAUGUUCAAGUAAAACAUCCAAGCACGCCCUUGGUGCCUUUCAGUGAAAUGUGUUCUCUGAAGAGGGAUUUUUAUGAAAAAUGCAUUUUAAAAACCCCUUUAGCAUCUGAAUAUAGACCCUCAGUUUUUUAACCUGUAUCUAAAUCCCACACUAGCCUUUAUGCACAGAGGGGAAUUAACCUUUUGCAAGGGAAUGGAGAAGGGAUGCAGGCAUUUGUUUGAAAGAAACACAGGCACAGAGCCUAAACAGUGUAAGAAAUAGGGCCUGUAUCAGUAUUAGCACAGUUUACAGAAGUGCUUGCCAGUAAAUAAUGCUGCUUUUCAGAACAGAGUUAUUUAUUACAAGUUGUGUCCAGGUUACUGGGACGCAGCUGGUGUGAACCGUAUUACAGAACUUUUUCUUUCAACAAAA